AUGGCGAGCAGCCGGAGCAUCGAGCUGGAGCACUUCGAGGAGCGGGACAAGAGGCAGCAGCGUGCCGGGCCGCGCCGCGGCGGCAGCGGCUCCGGCAGCGGCGGCGGCGCGGGGCCGCGGGGCAACGGGCUGAUCCCCAGCCCGGCGCACAGCGCCCACUGCAGCCUCUACCGGACGCGGACCCUGCAGGCGCUCAGCUCGGAGAAGAAAGCCCGGAAAGCCCGCUUCUACCGCAACGGGGACAGGUACUUCAAGGGCUUAGUGUAUGCCAUCUCCACCGACCGCUUCCGCUCCUUCGACGCCCUCCUCGUUGAGCUCACCCGGUCCCUGUCGGACAACGUGAACCUGCCCCAGGGCGUCCGCACCAUCUACACCAUCGAUGGCAGCAAGAAGCUCACCAGCCUGGAUGAGCUGGUGGAAGGUGAAAGUUAUGUAUGUGCAUCCAAUGAACCAUAUCGCAAAGUUGAUUACACCAAGAAUGUCAAUCCAAACUGGUGUGUGAACAUAAGGACUGGGUCCACUCGAUCCUUGACAUCUUUGACAUCCACAAAGAGUGAAGUGAAGGAGAGUAAAGAUUUCAUUAAACCCAAAUUAGUGACUGUUAUUAGGAGUGGAGUAAAACCGCGGAAAGCUGUGAGAAUUCUGCUGAAUAAGAAGACUGCUCACUCCUUCGAACAGGUCUUGACUGACAUCACAGAAGCCAUUAAGUUAGAUUCGGGUGUAGUCAAGAGACUUUGUACACUGGAUGGAAAGCAGGUGACAUGCUUGCAGGACUUCUUUGGAGAUGAUGAUGUCUUCAUUGCAUGUGGGCCUGAGAAAUACCGGUACGCUCAGGAUGACUUCGUGUUGGAUCACAGUGAAUGCCGUGUUAUGAAGUCCUCUUAUUCCCGAUCAUCUGGAAUGAGGCAUACUGGGUCCAAAAGUCCAGGACCUUCACGUCGAAGCAAAUCACCUGCCUCAGUAAAGAGGGGUGGCCACUACUCCAGUGCUUAUUCUUCAGCAAAAUCCCCAGUUAAUGGAACACCAAGCAGUCAAUUAUCCACCCCAAAAUCUACAAAGUCCUCCAGUUCUUCACCAACAAGCCCAGGCAGCUUUCGUGGACUCAAGAUACCUCCACAUGGUGGAUCUUCUUCCAAUGUGAAUGGUGUACCUGAAUCAAUCCAUUGCCAGAGUCCUGAAGGUGUGAAUGGAAACAAGUGCUCAGGGUCAUCUACCAUUCUUGAGAAGUAUAAAGUGGGGAAGGUGAUUGGUGAUGGCAAUUUUGCUGUUGUAAAGGAGUGCGUAGAACGAUCCACAGGAAAGGAGUUUGCACUGAAGAUCAUAGACAAGGCUAAAUGCUGUGGAAAGGAACACCUGAUUGAAAACGAAGUGUCUAUUCUGCGUCGAGUGAAGCAUCCAAAUAUCAUUAUGCUUAUAGAGGAAAUGGACACCCCAACAGAACUCUACCUGGUGAUGGAACUGGUCAAGGGAGGAGAUCUAUUUGAUGCUAUCACUUCUUCUACAAAAUACACAGAGCGAGAUGGGAGUGCAAUGGUUUACAAUCUAGCCAGUGCACUGAAAUACCUUCAUGGUCUCAACAUUGUGCACAGAGACAUCAAGCCAGAAAAUCUCCUGGUAUGUGAAUAUCCAGAUGGAACCAAGUCUUUGAAGUUAGGAGACUUUGGACUGGCAACUGUGGUUGAAGGACCUUUAUAUACCGUCUGUGGUACACCCACAUAUGUGGCUCCAGAAAUCAUUGCAGAGACAGGAUAUGGCUUAAAGGUGGAUAUCUGGGCUGCAGGUGUGAUCACAUACAUACUGUUAUGUGGAUUUCCACCAUUUCGCAGUGAAAACAACCUUCAGGAAGACCUCUUUGAUCAGAUACUUGUUGGGAAGCUGGAAUUUCCUUCUCCCUACUGGGAUAACAUCACUGAUUCAGCAAAGGAGUUAAUUAGCCUGAUGUUACAUGUGAAUGCAGAAGCCCGAUAUACAGCAGCACAGAUCCUAAGCCAUCCCUGGGUGUCAGAUGAUGCUUCCCAGGAGAAUAAUAUGCAAGCUGAAGUAACAGGUAAACUGAAGCAGCACUUUAAUAACACCCUACCUAAGCAAAAUAACACAUCUGCUGGGGUUUCUGUCAUCAUGAACACAGCUCUAGAUAAAGAGAGUCAGAUUUUCUGCAGCAAGCGCUGUCAGGACUCUGGCAGAGCUGGAAUGGAGAAAAUUUCUGCAAUUACUGCUGCAGCUGAUGAUCCUCAUGUGGCUGGGUCCAAGACCCUCUUCCCUGCUGCUUCUGAGCCACUCAGAUCCCCCACACUCCCUGCCUCAGUAUGUCCCGAGUUUGCUGGGGAUCAGCCUGGUGCAUAGGACUGAUGAAACCAAACCCAACUGAAGCUCCCUGCACUCUCGCCACAAUUUCUCUUCAUUUCACAUGACAGUUUGUUUUCAGUUUGCGUGCACCCUCUCGUGGCGAGCCCAAGGCAGGCUUUGUCAUGGGAGACUGAUCUUCUAAUAGUGGGUGAGUGAAGAUGUGUUUUGAGUGCUCUUUGCCCUUGUCUUGAGAACAGCAGUAGGGGAAAGAUUGUGGCAAUGUUAGAUGAUUUUUAAGUUAUCUGUGUUAGUUUAACUGCAUUUCACACAGCCUUGGGCUCUAAAUAGACUAACGUACAGUGUAGCUAACCAUAUUUUUAUAUGAGCAGUGAGAUGAUGAACAGUUACCUGGCCUCACCUUUACAAGCAGGCCCUGUUCUGUUCUUCUGAUGAGGAUUCUCAGAAAAGUGGGAGAGGAAGA